AUGCCCAUUCCAUUUCCAGAAGGAGCUGAGGCCGCUGUGGCAUAUGAUCUGCAGCAACAACCCAUUAUGCAGUUCAUGGGACGCGAUCAGAAGCUGCAUCAAGAAGAUCAUUUAGGAUAUUUGGAGCACUUAAGACAUGAUGGAAAUGAUGACGUCAGCACAUAUUGGGAGCUGGCUGGAAGAUACAUGACGGCGUUGACUGUUGAGUGUUUACUAUCUGGUGGGCUGGGUUGA